AGUGUGACUUUUGAUCAUGAGGAGAAAAAGAAUUAAAGAUGAAGAAUGGAUACAAAAGAAUAAUGAGAAGAUGGAGCAAGAAAAAUUUGAAAUUGCUUUCAUUAAUGAAGAUAUAGGUAAAGGUGUUUUUGCAAAAGCACCUGUAGAAAAAGGAGAGCUUGUCAUGGAAUACAGAGGUUUAUUGUCACCUGCUGAUAACGAUGCCCCUGAUGCAACUUAUGUGUACUUUUUUCAACAUCAGGAGAAAGAGUAUUGUAUUGAUGCCACAGACAAUGAAAGCAUUGCUCGUUAUGUUAAUGACAUAGAUUAUAAAACCAAACCAAACUGUAAAGUGAAAAAGGUUAUUGUGAAUGGUAUCCCACGACUUGUAAUCUUUGCAAUUAGGGAUAUUGCUAAAGGCGUUGAGUUGAGAUAUGAUUAUGGAUGUCGUGAUAACCCUUGGAGAAGUCUGAAGAUAAAUACACUUCUGUUCUCAACUCCUGCUACAUACUUAAGCAAUUUUGAAUAA